GUAUGUGUGCGUAAAACGUCUGCCACUCAUAGUAGGCCAUUGUGUGGUGGUGGUAAAUGAGACUGUAAACGAUAAUAUGUGGAGGAUGGAUCACUACGAUUGUAUCAGUCAAUGAUACCCGCUCUAGUAUUUAUAAAUGCACCACCACUGCGUCUUUCAAAACACGUGCUCGAAAAGUAACAAAAUGAACGAACAAGAGUUUCAAUUUGCCAGAACGGAUUUCGAUUUGGACACUGUUCGCAACAAGUUGAUAAACUGCAUCUGCGAGCUCCAGUCCCGUCGGAAUGAAGUAACCUCGCUUAAAUCGGCCCUAGAUGAAACGAACCGUUCGAAAGCAACGUUGGAACAGGAUGCCAAAAACUUCCGUCGGGAGCUGUCUGAUAUGCAGGACCAGUUGAAGAUAGCACUGAAUGCUCUCAAUCAGAAAGAUUCCAUCCGCAAUGGGUUUAUGGAGAAUGCCGCCCGGCAGAAUGUUCAGCUGGAAGCGUUGACCAAUGAUAAUGAACGACUCAAUGGGAAGAUUCAAGCAUCGCAGGUGAAGAUCUUGGAGUUGACCCGAGACAACAACAAACUUCUGGAGCAGCUGAAGGUUUUGCAGGGAACGCAGAAUCAACCGGGAGAGGGUACCGAUCGCAUCUGGAAGGCGAUGGAUACGCUCAAUAGUCACCUGCAAAAACUGGAGGCUGAGCACGUGAUUCUCACCGAAACAGCUCAAAUGGCCAACAAGAUAGCAGAAGAAGCGGCCGUGGCAGUCGUAAACAGCAGGAGAAAUCUGGUGAACGUACAGAAAGAGAAUCUUCUUUUAAGGCGAAGAAUUACCGACUUGGAAGCGAGAAUUGUCUCCUUUUCAUGUCGCACUGAACCGAGCGAGUCGGUCGCAACGGAAGAAGAUUCCUGCAAAAAGUUUGAAGAGCAUCUGAAAGCCGUCAACGAAGAGCUGGAACAGGAGCGUGAAGUGAACAGCAAGUUACGGAGCGAUAUUGCUACGCUGUUGACUCUGCAGAGCUGCUUCAGCAAACCACUACUGCAUAACGAUGAUGAUGGUCACGGUAUUGGUGAGGUGCACUCAUCAAUGUCUGAAGUUGCGAGACCGGAUGAACCUGAUAACAAUGACCCUAUGAAUGAGACGUCUUGAAGGAAGUUCUUUCGAAACAAUUUAGGAUAGUCACAUUUUUUUCUGCAAAUUAGUUUUAUCUCCUUUUUCAGAUCCUUUCUACAAUCUUUGUUCAAAGCGGUAUUAUAGGACAGUCACUUUAUCAAAUAAGUUUCAUUGAUUUUGUUAAAUAUUGAUUGGAACUUAUACUCUCUGUUUUGAUGUAUAUCAGUAACAUUUGAAUGUUGAACAUAACUAAUAAACGGAUAUUUUAAGAUUCAGAACAA